GUCAAGGCUGGAGGUCUCCUGGCUGUGAUUUUUUUCGAACAAAGCCUGCAAGUCCCCAAAAAGGAGCAGGCAGCAGCCCUGGGAUCUCGCGGGCGACCGAGUGUGGAGGAAGUCCACAGAUGGUGGCUGGUUUGCGUCUCUCUCUGGCUGGAAGCCAGCUGGGGUUGUGAGUCCACUGCAGCAUCCCCUCUGCCACCCAUUCCCCUCGGUGGAGGGGAAAGGCUGCCAGAGCAGAGUUUCACUUUGGCCCUCUCCAAAAAGGCCUUGCUGUUAUAAGGACAGGGUGACCUGGAGACACCCAAAGCCUCCAAAACAGCUUAAAAUAAUGCUCACCACCAAGAAAUAAACUUGGACUCCAAUCAAUCUUAAAAAAAAAAAAAAAAAAAUCCCCGCCCGCAAUAAAAAGAAGUGUCUUCAAUUCCCAGCCCUCCCUCUGCCCCGGCUCCUCUCCGUGCACACAGACCCUGCCCCUUAAACCAGCCGAAAGCAGAGCGAAGCCUCUGGGGACACGGUACCCGCCAUCGAUUUUUCAUGGAAGGCGCCCAGAAAGGAUGGUGAUGGACCGUGGGGCCGCAACCCCCUGACCGCAGCAGCCGGCACGGGGGAGCUGAGAUGGAUCUGUCGGGAAAGGGUUGUUGCUUCGUCGUCGUGGCUGUCGGACCCAGGGCCGGGCUAGAAAAAGCAAGCGGAAGCCAUCAAGGUGGAGGAGAGGAAGCGAGGAAGAAGAAGAAGGGCCGAAGGACUCGGGUGAAGCAGCCAUUAGGAAAGUGCUGAUGCAGAGGUUCACUUGUGUCUACGGGCAGAGUUGGAGUAGUUGCUGUUCACGGACAAAGGCGGUAGGAGGGAGUGGAGCUUUGUAGAAGCCGGAGCCUGUCUCACUGGGUGUCUGUGUUUCAUUCCCUGUCAAAAGGCUGGGAGCUGGGGGAAAAAAGCAGGGAAGCAGCGAGCUGCAGCGCUCGCUCAGGAUCAGAUAGCAAGAAAACCAAUAGCAGAGAGAAAAAAAAAAAAAAAGAAAACCAACCCACAUCAACCAACCAACCCACCCACCCUCCACACUGAGGCUGAAACAGGCAGGUCCCUGCCAACUCCACAGCACGCAGCAAGCAGGGAAGAAGUCCACCCUCCCCGGGCAGGAGCGGAGUUGAGCCCGAAGGAUAUUUGAUGACACUUUGGCGACGAUGGGUCCCCCAGCAUCUUCCAGAGCCCAUUUGAGGGUGAAGGCUCUGAAAGCACAGAGGGAGUUUGAAGCUAAAUUCACCUGAGUCUGGAUCUCCUGGUCGCUGGGAUUUAUCUAUUUUUUUGUUUCUCCAAGGGGUGGCUGGGGGAAACCGAACCAAGAAAAAAAAAGUGGUUUUCUUUUUAAAUCUCCCUCUUUUAUUUUUUAAUUUUUUUUUUCUUUUGGAAGAAGAUAUAUUUUUUUUUCCCUGUGGUUGGAAUGGAGGGGUUGGGUCUGUGCCUAAGAAGCAGCAGCCGAACGUCAGUCCUGGGAGAAACCGGAAUGGAUCUGGGGUCCCUCACCAGCUAACUCUCCAGGACCUGCAGCCCCACGGCCAGGGGGCUGGAUGCAGUGAGAGAGCCUCUCACAGGAUCCACGUGGUGACGUGGCAGCCAAGACGUGGAAGCUUGGGACUUCUCUUCCACUGCAACAGAGUUUGGGGGGUGGGCAGGGGUGGGCCAGGGGGACACUGGGAGUCGCAAGACCCUUCACCUUCACUGUGGGCUUGACUCAGGGAUGACUACAGGCAGAGUCAACCCUUACAGCAUCGUGUCCUCCGAGGAAGACGGGCUGAGGUUGACCACCAUGCCAGGUAUCAACGGCUUUGGCAAUGGGAAAAUCCAUACCAGGAGGAAAUGCAGGAACAGGUUUGUAAAGAAGAAUGGUCAGUGCAAUGUGGAGUUUACCAACAUGGAUGACAAACCGCAGAGGUAUAUUGCAGACAUGUUCACCACGUGCGUUGACAUCCGCUGGAGGUAUAUGCUCUUGCUCUUUUCCCUGGCAUUUCUGGUGUCCUGGUUAUUGUUUGGGCUGAUUUUCUGGCUAAUUGCACUCAUUCACGGAGACCUAGAAAACCCAGGUGGAGACGAUACCUUCAAGCCUUGCGUUCUGCAGGUCAAUGGCUUUGUGGCUGCUUUUCUGUUCUCCAUUGAGACCCAAACGACUAUUGGUUACGGCUUCCGCUGCGUGACAGAGGAGUGCCCGCUUGCGGUCUUCAUGGUGGUGGUUCAGUCCAUCGUGGGGUGUAUAAUUGACUCUUUCAUGAUUGGUGCAAUAAUGGCAAAGAUGGCCAGGCCCAAAAAACGGGCCCAGACAUUACUUUUCAGCCAUAAUGCAGUAGUGGCAAUGAGAGAUGGAAAACUCUGCCUGAUGUGGAGAGUUGGGAACCUCCGAAAAAGCCACAUAGUAGAAGCCCACGUGCGAGCUCAGCUAAUUAAGCCCAGGAUCACAGAAGAAGGGGAGUACAUACCGCUCGACCAAAUAGACAUCGACGUGGGGUUUGAUAAAGGCUUGGACCGUAUCUUCUUGGUGUCUCCCAUCACCAUCCUCCAUGAGAUCAACGAAGACAGCCCCUUGUUUGGGAUCAGCCGCCAGGACUUGGAGACAGAUGACUUUGAGAUCGUGGUCAUCCUGGAAGGCAUGGUAGAAGCCACCGCUAUGACGACGCAAGCUCGGAGCUCCUACCUGGCCAGUGAGAUCCUCUGGGGCCACCGCUUCGAGCCCGUCUUGUUUGAGGAGAAAAACCAGUACAAAGUAGACUAUUCCCACUUCCACAAAACCUACGAGGUUCCAUCCACCCCCCGAUGCAGCGCCAAGGACUUGGUGGAGAACAAAUUCUUGCUGCCCAGCACCAACUCCUUCUGCUAUGAGAAUGAGCUGGCCUUCAUGAGCCGCGAUGAGGAAGAGGAAGACGAUGACAGCCGGGGUUUGGAGGACCUAAGCCCAGACAACAGGCACGAGUUUGAUAGGCUUCAAGCUACCAUAGCGUUGGAUCAGAGGUCGUACAGGAGGGAGUCGGAAAUAUGACUCUUGGUCCUUCCACUGACUUUUCCGAGGGUAUUUUUUUCCUCCUCUAAUCUCUUCCCCUACAACCCGCUCAAAUUAUGCAGAACAAUGCAAGUGCCAUAGGAAUGCUUGAGAAAUUAGUAUCAUUCAUAGUUUUCAGUUUCAUUGCAAUAACCACUGAGCGGUCUGCAGGAGGGGACGGCGGCAGGCCACGGCGCAUCUCCCGCGCCCGGCGCCCCGCAGCAGGGCCGAUGGCUCUGGGGGGAUGGACAGAAGGACGGACAGACAGAGAGAGGGGGGUCUGUGGGGCGUGGGCAGGCGCUCGCCCCAUACGGCCCCGCGGGGCUCUGCUCUCCCCGCGGGGAAAACGCCAGUGUUUUCUUGGAGCCGAGCACUGCGAGAUCCAAAAAGAGGAAAUAUCAGGAAACAAAUCUUUCUCUCUCUCUUUCUUUUUUUUCCUUUUAUUUUUUAACUGAGCAGCAACAACAAAAAAAUUGCUCCUUCCGGCAGGUGGUCUGAUUCAGUUGCACAAGAACAACACUUGAAAUAACAUGCAACAUUAACGUACUUCUUUUUAAUUUGGGGGAAAAAGGGGGGAGGGAGGCGAGAGGGUUUUUAAUUUUUUCACCGUACCGUUUGGGAGACUGUUUACCAAAAUAAUAAUAAUAAUAAUAACAAUAAUAAUAAUAAUAUUAAAUCUGAAAUAAGUGAUUCAGUAUUUUUUAAAAAUGAACAAGGGAAUGAAUAAGCCACCGGGGUCCUUUGAGGAGGUGACUUGCUGGACAGACGCAAGAGCUAGAAGUCAAUCAUAGGCAGAAAACAGACAUAAGUGGCUGGAGGUCCGUGGCAGCGAAAGCAAGUAGCAUAAUUACUGGCAAAGUAGCUAAUAAGGAAAAGGCAGACUGUGAUAGAAAGAAGCACUGUAAACCCAGUAAUUAGCCAAUUUCUGGAAAAUCUGGGUCUGGGGCAUCAGCUGCUGAAAUGUUGGGUCUCCCCCAACAUCUCCAAUGGGGAAUUCAUAAGUUUCACUGUAACUAGGAUGAAAUAAUGAAAAGCACAAAAAGGAGAGCAGAAAACUCUCAAAUCUGGGCAUUUUCCCACUUUUCCAACCAAUUCGGUAUUUUCUCCCUUGAAAAAUCAUUUCAAACAUGGAAAUUGAUGUGAAAGUCAUCUUGUUGAGUUGAGCUUCUUCUAGCACAGGAGCCGUCUCCAUGCCAGGCUGGGAUUUAUGAAUUCCCCGUUCACCGGCAAGUCCGGCUUCAGAGGCAGAUGUUUUUCCGAAAACACCAGAUGCCGGUCGAGGAAACCACCCCGUCUUGUGCUUCAACCCAUCCCCGCGUCCCAGCCUCAAGGUGGAUUGUGCCUUAGAGAUGCAAACUCAUCCCGCUCCCCAGCCCUCCUCCGCGGCACCCUGCUUGCAUCCUCCCCUUGGGGCAAUAUCCUCUUCGCUCUGCCCCCGUGAUAGCGCCCGCAUCCACCAUCUGCUGCGUUUUAGGCUAGCCUUGAUGGCACACUGGUUUAGCUUUUGCUAUGGCACAAGGCAAACCACCCCAUGCACAGAAAGCCUUUGCUCCUGCCCUGCUCCCCACCUUCGCACAGAGGGAAGGGGCCGGGAAGAUGCAGCUUGCGGGUCCCUUCAUCCCGGCAGUGAUGCUCAUUGGUGCUCUGGGAGCCAAAAUCCGGCUCCCUGCUCCCCGUGGCCAUGGGAAAGGCUUUGGUACCCACAGGCUUCCUGCACCUGACCCUGGCUGCAGCGCCCUGGCAACACCUGGCCCUGGGGAGAAGGGUUUGAGAGCAGGGUCCCCAGCAGUGUUUCGGCUGUGCCGGGCUCCCAGUGCUUUUCUCGCCCCUGCUCACAUCAGGGAAGCUGUGUCCCGGGGUUACAACUUGCUGUGGUGUGUCCAAACAUCAGUGGCAGAGGCAGGAUUUGUCCUGUGUCCCCAUCCCCAUCUCCUUCUUGCAAAGGGCCCUGGGGAGUGGCUGCCCCAGUGUCCCCUUGCUGCCCUGUGCCCCCGAGCAUCGCGUCUCGCCAGCCGGUUGCGGGACGGGGACCGCGACUUCGUCCCCGCAGAGUUUCCUCCCCACCCUGUUCCUACCAGCAUCUAUCACCACGAUCCCCCGCUGCCCACCAAGGGGCUACUCUAUUUUUUCUUCCCCUAAAAACCAGCCACAGGGAGAAAACGUCCCCAGGGGCAGCGCCGGGAGGGAGCAGCCGUUUUGGCACUGGGUACCCCAAAUGGGCUGUCCCCAGAAGCAGGGACACGUAGGGAUGUGCCAUUGAGCUCCGGCCAUGACAUUUGUGUUUCUAAGGCAGUGAACGCAGAUGCCAUCCCAUCGCCGGUCCUGGGGGGUGGUGGUUUUGCCACUCGCUUUUUGCCCCAUAGCAUCUGGGGGGUGGGAAGGGUCGAGUGGGGGAUGGAGAGAUUUUGUGUGCGCACUACUUAUUUAUUUUUUUAAAAAAUGCUUUUAAGUGGUUUUAGGUUCUUUUGAAUAAAUAAUAAUUAUUAAAAAAAGGUGCACAUCUUGCUGCUGUAGGGUUCUCAGAGGGUUAAUUUCUUUAUAAAUAUAUAUAUCACAGUAAAUAUUUGUAUAAAAAUGAAAAAGAAAUAGAGAUGUCUUUAAGUAAAUUAUUGCUUUUAAAGAAACUUCUAUGAUUGUACAGUGUUACCUGGGAGAAUAGAAUAAUAUAUACAGAUGUAUUUUUAAAUUGCUGCGUAGGAGGAUGUGAACUGGGCUGGGGAGCGCCCGUGGCCAGCACGGCGAGGGGGGGUCGGACCCUCCCCAGCCCCCAUUCACGCACCCCCUUCCCCGAACCCCGCUAGUGAGGAUCUAGCUCUGGCGAGUCGUCAUAUAUAUACUGUAUAGUCCUCGUUCUGCCUAUGGACCAUGCCGGUACAUAGUGUAUAAAUAUUAUUUUUGCCUACCUGUGAGCGCUCUGAGCUACUGGUCUUUUUUCCUCCAUCAGGGAGCAUUGGGAAGGCUGGCCAGGGGUAGUUUUGAUCACAUGAAUUGUCAAAGAAAGGGGGGGAAAAAAGAAAGAAAUGGUGAAAAAAGCCAAAAAGUGGUGUUUGUUCGGUGCUCGGGUUCCCUGGAGGGGCUGGAAAGGCACAGGGAUGCUCUCAGGGUGUGGGUUUUGGUGUUGGUCACAGCAGGGAUGGAGUGGGAUCCUGGCAAAAGGGCGCUCAGGGCUGAGCCGGGGGACGUGUCCCUCCCCAGAACAGCUGCUGGCCAUUUCCUCCAAGCUGAGGCCGCUCCAUGCAUGGAGUUAACUCCGGCAUCACACUUGAUCCUUGGAGGAUGGUGGGAGACCGAGAAAGGAAAGAGCCGCUAAUCCUCUUGGCCAGCAUCUCGUAGGGAUUGCCCUCAGCCGGGGCUCAGGGCAGCCUCCGGCAGCAGCAGCUGCCCCGGCCGGGGACUGGGGGCCGGACCCGCUGCUGCUCCCGCUUGGCUUCACCCCAAAAAGAUGCACCGGUGGGAGCAGAAAGCGGCUGCAUCCCUGCGCCCCAAAACCACUGGCUGGAAAGAGCAUCCUCUGCCCCCGACAGACGUGCAGUGUCCCCGCUCGGCUGGACGCUGGGUCCCCGGGGCCGGGAGCCGCCGGGACGAGCCUUAGCUUCUCAUAACCGAAUUUAGUGCACUUAGUCUUUUAGGGCUGGGACAAUCACUUAGCGCUUAACCUUUUGCAAUUCGGUGCCUGCUUGACCUUCAAACCUUUUGUAGGAGAUGAAUUCAGAGCCACCUUUUCUAUCUUUAAUAAGGCAGAACAAAUACGUUUAUUUUUAAACCUUCCUGCGCUUUCCUUUCCUCUCAUGCUGACAACCAAAAGAGUCCCCAGUGUCCCCCAUCACCAUUUCUCGCACGCCAAAACGACUGUGUGGCAGUCGGGUCCGGCGCUCCGGCCGGAUCCUGCUCUCCCACCCCCCUAAUUCAGGGAUGCUGCCACGGGGGGAUGGUGCAGGGCAGGAUCCGGCCGCGUUACGAGCGGGGAGGGGAUGUGGGAUGGUGCCCGACCCGAUGCCACCCGUCACCUCGCUGAGCCCUGGUGCCUGCCAGCUGUGCACAUCUGUCCCGCUGCCCCCUCCUGGAGGGAACCAUCUUUCCUCCAUCCCUCCCCCACUAAACCACACGCCGGUGCUUCCCCAGGCUUGGGCCCAGGUGAUUUGGGGACCCGGCACCAGUUCACACGGGCAGAUUGGCAACUGGGAGCACUGGUUUCCCAGGGAUAAAAUGCAGAGUCCGUUCGCUGGGGCGAUGAUGACAUGCAACGAUAGAGAAGCUGAUGGAUGCGAUGAAAGUAUCUGUACCUUUUCCACCUCUGGUGUUUCUCUGUCUCAUUGCACAUAUAUUUGACAUAUAUGUGACAAUGUAUAUAUAUAUUUGUAAAAUGUAUUUCAGAUGACAAAACUGGCCAAUUUUAUGUUAUUUUAAAUAUAUUAUAUAUAUUAUAUAUAAGAGUCUCCAAAAGAUAUAAAUAGACUAGAGAAAAUAAUAUAAAUAUGUAAUAAAUGUAUUUUGAUCUAUUUAAAA